AUGACGAGAAUCUCAACGCGUAACAAGCCAAAGAUUGCAUUCAUCGGCCUCGGAGCUAUGGGGCUAGGGAUGGCUAUACACCUACUCGAGGACGGGUUUCCUGUCAAUGGAUUCGACUUAGACCCAAUGGCACUCGAGAGACUACUAGCCAUGGGCGGUACCGCCGCCUCAAGUCCCAGAGAAUGUGUCCAAGAUGCCUCUUUCUUUAUUUGCAUGUUGGCAAACUCCACGCAAAUAGAUCAGGCGUUUUUCACAGAAUCAACGGGUGCCAUCUUUGGCCUGAAACAGGAUGCAAUCGUCAUAUUAUGCUCCACCGUUGCGCCGGGUUUCCCCCAAGAGGUCUUGAGCCAAGUCCACCGCCGCUUUUCAAGGCCAGAUAUACAGAUCAUCGACUCCCCUGUAUCCGGUGGGACAAUUCGUGCCACUCGGGGCACGCUGACGAUUAUGUCGUCAGGCCCCGAGGGUACAAUGAGAAUUUCCCAGCCAGUUUUGCAGUCUCUCGGCGAAGCAUUGUACAACAUCGAAGGGGGUUUGGGAAGUGCGAACAAAGUCAAACUUAUCAAUCAGCAUCUUGCAGGUAUUCAUAUUGCAAUUGCAGCCGAGAUUAUGGGACUAGCCGCUACCAUGGGGUUGAAUACACAGCGGUUAUAUGAAAUGGUGUUGAAUAGUCCUGCACAUAGUUGGAUGUUUGAGAACCGAGUACCACACAUGCUCGCCGAUGACUGGUCACCCCAUUCUGCACUUGGCAUCUUCGUUAAAGAUAUGCGGAUCGUCACUUCGGAGGGCCUCAGCCAGAACAUUCCGCUUUAUGUCGCUACUGCGGCAGAGCAACUUUAUAACUUUGCUGCUCUCUCUGGAUAUGAAAAAGAAGAUGAUUAUGGUUUAGUCCGAAUAUUCAUUCCACAUGAUUUGUCACUGGUUUUAGCCGCCGCGCAGCAGAAGAGCCACGCAGAUGAUCAACAAAAAUUUGAAAUGAUAUGCAAUAUGCUAGAAAUUACUCACGGGGUAACAGCAGUUGAAUCUCUUGCUCUUGCUAUGAAGCUUGAUCUCUCUAUUAAGUCGCUGGCCCCAAUCAUUUCGAAUGCAGCGGGUACAAGUCGAAGUUUCGAGUACAGUCAAGAAACAUACUGGCAAAAGCAAUAA